CUGACCCUGUGUUGGGCAACUGGUUUCCCCGGUAACCGCAGUUGUGGACGAGAGUGUCGGAAGUUGGUCACUGCAGCAAUGAGUGAGAGUGAUGAUGGCAAUCCUGUAGAAAAAGAAAAAGAAGAAUCUGUAGAUGAACCAGCGGUGCAAGCUGCAGACUCGCCAGAGGCGGAAGCUGCAGCUGAACAAGAAUCGGAGACUACAGCCAAAGUGGAAAGCCCAGAUACUACAGAAAAUGAGACAGCAGAUGAGCCAGAUGUGGAAAUUACAGCUGAACCAGAUACAGAUGCAGCUGAACCAGAUGCAGAGGUUACAGCUGAACCAGAUGAGGAUGCUACAGCUGAACCAGAUGCAGAGGCUACAGCUGAAUCAGAAAGAGAGGAGACAGGUGAACCAGAGACGGAGGCAAUUAUUGAACCAGAAACGGAAGCGACUGCUGAAUCAGAUUCAGAGAAAGCAGCAGAACCAGAAUCCGAACCCAAAAGUGAGCCAGAUGUGCAAUAUGCAGCCGAGGCAGAAUCAGAGCUGUUAGCCAAACCUGAAAUUGAACCAACAGUUGAAGAUGAACCUUCAGAGUCUGCUGCAAUUGAUUCUGCAGUUCCACUUCCGACUGACACUGGAAAUCAACUUUCAGCUACACCCUCAGAUACAACUAAGAUGGCCCAGGAGACUUCACUUUCAGAAGACAAAUUUUCAACCUGUUUUGAAGAUCCGUAUAUUCGAUCUGUACUGUAUAUGGAGAAGCACAACAUUCUACAGAUAUUUCAGAGAAUGACUGAAAAUCUGGUAUAUGAAAGACCAGAUGAUCCUCUUGAGUUUAUGUUACAUCAGGUACAAGCGUUGAUCUGGAUGCGUGACAAAGAAAUCUGCGUAGAAUAAUCUCACUUCAGCAAACUGUGUGAUAAAAACAUUUUGAAGAAUUGGCUAUAUUUUGCUUUUUUGACAAGUCUUCGUUUAUGGUUUCCAUUACUGUAAUAUUACAUACAGAACAGUGUACCAGUACAAGCGAUCAAUAAUCACAAAAUAAUUGGUUGAGGUAGAAACUUAUUCCCCAGCAGAAAGGAAGAGAAUCAGGACAGCUCUGUUUGCAAUUAUGUUUAGUUGCUUGUUUUUUGCUGUUACGGUGCUACAUUCUUCAGUUUUCUGAAAAACAAUUAAAUAAGUAAAAACAUCA